GACCUGGAAGUGCUUUUCCAGUUGGUGGCGGAAAAAGGCGACCGCUGAGCGCGAAGGUGUGGGAGUGGCAGCAGCGCACUGUCCUAAGUAUGCAGCGAUUACUCUUUCUGCCCUUGAAGGCCUUGAUCGGGAGCCCGUGUCUCCGACUCUUGGUUCCUAGGGCGGUGCCUAGAACACAGUAUGGUUGCAGCUGUGGCAUCAGGCACCCCUUGAGGCCAGGGCAAUACAGCACAAUCUCUGAAGUAGCGUUGCAAUCUGGAAGGGGUGCAGUGUCCCUUCCUUCAAAGGCUGCUGAGCGGGUGGUAGGCCGAUGGCUCCUGGUCUGCAGUGGAACAGUGGCUGGAGCAGUUAUUCUUGGUGGAGUAACUAGAUUGACAGAGUCUGGCCUCUCAAUGGUAGAUUGGCAUUUAAUAAAAGAGAUGAAGCCACCUACAAGCCAAGAGGAGUGGGAAGCAGAAUUCCAAAAAUACCAGCAGUUUCCAGAAUUUAAAAUCUUGAAUCACAAUAUGACAUUGGCAGAAUUCAAGUUCAUCUGGUACAUGGAGUAUUCACACCGAAUGUGGGGUCGCCUUGUAGGCCUCGCAUACAUCCUGCCUGCUGUCUACUUUUGGAGAAAGGGCUGGCUCAACCGUGGCCUAAAAGGACGUGUUCUUGCCCUCUGUGGUUUAGUCUGCUUCCAGGGUCUUCUGGGAUGGUAUAUGGUGAAAAGUGGAUUAGAAGAAAAACCAGAUUCCCAUGACAUCCCUCGGGUCAGUCAGUACCGCCUUGCUGCCCACCUGGGAUCAGCCCUUGUUCUUUAUUGUGCCAGCUUGUGGACCUCGCUCUCACUGCUGCUCCCUCAACACAAGUUGCCUGAAACCCGUCAACUCUUGUGGUUGAGACGAUUUGCUCAUGGAACUGCAGGCCUGGUGUUCCUUACAGCUCUCUCAGGGGCUUUUGUGGCAGGGCUGGAUGCUGGACUUGUUUACAACUCCUUCCCCAAGAUGGGAGAAUCUUGGAUCCCAGAGGAUCUCUUUACCUUCUCCCCUCUCCUGAGGAAUGUUUUUGAGAAUCCCACCAUGGUGCAGUUUGACCACCGGAUUCUGGGGAUCACUUCAGUUACUGCCGUCACAGCACUCUACUUCCUCUCCCGGAGAAUUCCCCUUCCUCGAAGGACCAAGAUAGCAGCAGCAACUCUGCUAGCUUUGGCCUACACACAGGUGGGCUUGGGCAUUACCACUCUGCUGAUGUAUGUUCCAACUCCUUUGGCUGCCACUCACCAGUCGGGCUCCCUGGCUCUGCUCAGUGUUGCCCUUUGGCUCAUGAAUGAACUCCGAAGAGUCCCAAAAUAAUUCUCAGAGGAUCAGCUUCCUAGGACUGAAACUGCUUUUGGGAGAUGAUCAGUGAGCACAAUAACUUAGGCUUUUCUGAGAGGAUGACCUUGGCAUACCAAGUGGUUUCCAAAUUGGUCGGGUUAUUUAAAUUCUUUGCCUGUUUUUGGGACAAUCACUGGAUCAAGAAGGUCAUUAGAUACGGUUAUACUAAAGGUUCCUAUUUAAAUCUAUUUUCAUGUUGAAAAUCAGAUUUAAUGUAAAGAAAGAAUUUUCUGCCAUUUGCUUAACAGGCUCUGUCUCAGGUUUCUUAAGUUGGCCAGCUGUUGGUUCUACAUGCAUGAUCUCUGUCUCCUUGACUUCCUGAAUCCUGAAUUCUGCCUAAGGAGAAAUCCUUUAUGAUCUCCACUUCAUUUCCAUCAGAUAAAGAUUCAAAGGGAAGGACUGGCACACCCUAAAGUAGCUAGAUAGCCUUCAGCAAGAAAUAGCUGCUGUCUUAUAGUGUCCUGAUUUUCAAAAAUGGGGAAAGCCCUAACCUUUUGGUAUCACUAGGUCAGACAAAUGGAAUAUAGUAUAAAUCAUUUCCUGAAAGGGUUUCUUAACAGCCUCAUAGAUAAGAAAAAUAUGGCCUUGAUGGUGUAGUACCUGGACAUCUCUUCAGAUGUUUAAAUGAAUUGUUGAUUAAUGAAUUCUUGUGAUUUUGGCCUCUAUUGAUAUUUCACAGGGCUCUGUCUUACUCAGCUUUGUUUUUUAAAUCAGCAAUUUGGAUGAAGGCACCAGAAAGAUCAGAUUUGAGGAUGGAGCAACUCAGCAUUGCUGAUAUAACAUGACAAUCACAACUCAUACAGUUGCAGAGUGACACCAUCAGGAUGAAAUUAAACAGGUCAUAAAUUUAACAUCUUCAUUUAAAUUAAAUAGGAUGUAUAAGUUUGGGGUAGAGAAAACUGGCUUCUUAUCAUUUCAUAUAAAAAGACUUAGGAAUUCCAGUUGGCCACAGGCUCAACAUGAACCAACAAUGUGAUGACACUGAGAAAGAUUGGUGGUGGUUCAGAUUUUAUCAAUAUCAAUAUCAAGCCAUAGUCAGUCACACCUCAUAGUGAGGUGUCAGAACACCUCACUGCAAGUUUUUAAGGAGGAUAUUGACCAAUAAGUAUGUAUCCAGGGGAAGGGACCAGGAUAUUUAGGAGUCCAGAACCUGAAUCACACAGGGAAUACUUGAAGGAACUGGGGGAAUUCAGCUGGAGGAGAACAUUUGGAGAGAGAGCAAGAAUCCUACCCUUGAGAAGUUGAAACCCUUUCAUGCGGAAGAAGGAAUGAGCUUCCUUUGUGCUGCAAAGCUGGGAGCAAUGAGUAAAAGUUGAAGAAAGUUAGUUUUUAGUUUUGGAGAAGGCAAGAGUAGGGUCAGACCAGCACCAACUGGCAAACUGGAGAGCAAGUGCUCAGCUAAGGGGCUCAACCAUUGUGAGUGCUGGCCUGCUGCUGCUCUGCAGGUCCAGGGAUGUCAGACCUGAUUUUUUAAAGAAGCCACACAUCUAGAUUUUUAUGUGAAUUUUUUUUUAGAACACCAUACAGACUAAACACAUCUGGGAGCCAUAAAUGACCUAACAUUUGCCCAUGUACAGUCUCUGGACUAAUGAUCUCAGUUCCCUUUCAACUCCAGUAUUCUCUGAGUUUCAGUGUGAAAUAAAAUGUACCAGUCUCAAGAGGUUCUUAGCAAAAUAGAAGUAGAAAGUUUGUCUUUGAUUUUAAAAAAAAUCCGGGACCCUGCUAGAAGUGGUUCUCAACUUCUCUCACGUUAGAAUCUUUGAAAAUCCUAGCCCCAGCCUCACCCAAGACCAAUUAAAUCACAAUCUCUGAAAGCUGUAAGGUUUUAAGUUCCCCAGGUGAUUCCAAUGGGAGACGAGUUUGAGAACCACAGGCCUAGUUACCUUAGAAAGUUUUGACCAGAUAUUCUCAUUCCCUCCAAACUCCACUCCCCUCGGUCUCAUUUAAUCUGCUAUGUUGAUCCUGUUAUGCUAAUGGGAUAUCACCUCUUCUAGAUAGAAUUAUCUAAGGAAAAGGAACUGCAGUCACUGGGACAGGUUCCCAUACCAUCAGCUCCUGAUCCCUGGAUUAAGGUUGUUAAAGUAGCAGGGCUACCUUACACUGGAGAGGUGAAAGAGGAGUAGGCUGCCAGAGGGUAUAGGGUGACUACUUCACAAGGAGAGGCUCAGCUUGUCUGAAGUCAUGCAUGCAUGGCUAUAAAGAUCCUGUGAUUCAGAAAUUUUUUCAACUUUGGUUUUUAUAAAAAUGACAAGCAAUGAUUGAAUGCAUUUUAAAAGUAGAAAGCCCUUACUAGUAUGAGUAAUGAUUCAAUUUUACAUAUAAAAGGACCUUACUGCUCAGACUUCUAAAAUGGUCAAUGGAUGUAUUCCUCCUUUGUCCCUCUAAUAAUGCUAUUGACAAACUGAGAAAUAAUGAAAUACUCGGGGAAAAGAGAAACACUUGUAUAAUAAUACAAGGGAAGUCUAUAGGAUUUUUUUUUUAAGUACUCGUUUUUAAACAAAUAUUUUUUGUAACACCAACAAAUCCUCACAAGUUUGAGAGAGCAUAUGGCCCUAGUGGCAGGACUCUGAAAUUAGCAUAACCUGAGACUAAUUUGGGAGCAUUUGAAGCAUCUGCUCCUACUUCUGCCUUAAUUCUUAAUUCCAGCUGAAGUUUUACCACAUACCACAGCAGAAAGGGAAAUUAGAUACCAGUUCUGAAUUGGUUUGAAAAGUUUAAAAACAGCAAAAAGAAACAGCACUGUUUCUGUAAAGGAUUCUAGGAAUUGCCCAAGAAUUACAACCAAGUUCCUUAAUGAGGUAGGUUUAAUGAACAUUUAUACCUUAAAUAAUUUAGAUUGUAACUAUCACAUGAAUUGCUUAGAUGCUGUAGUUAAGAAAAUAGUACAAAAUUAAGCAAAUUAUUUAAAAAAGAGACAUCUAAAAUUUUAAAGUAUUAAAAGAAAUACAGGAGCUGGAAUAGAUGUAGUGAAAACCUGAUACUAUUUCUAAGAAAGUAUUUCUUUCAUAUUUUAUUCCUAAAUGUGAACAAGUAUCAGAUAAUAGUUAUAAAGAUUGAGCAUGGUUAGUUGCAUUCAGCUCUAUUAUAUAUAUUCUGUUGAAAUAUAUAGUCUUACAGGAAGAUUCUGUCAAUGAGCAUUUCAUUUGCAUGUAUUACUGCUACUCUGGGCAUCUGUUUAAUCAUCCAUAAAAUCAAGGGGGUUAAUCAGAAAACGUCUAAAAUCUUAGCUUUAAAAAUCUCGUUUUCUAAAAUUGAUGUAUAAUGAUUGCUGUUGGAAACUCCAUUCUCUUCAACCUUAAUGUCAGGGGCUAUGGAGAAAGUAGGAGAGGACCACUGGUUCUUCUGGGCAGGCUGGCCUUCUAAACCAAAGGCCACAAUCCUCUUCCUGAAAUUUAUCCCUUGUCUGCUUUCUUUGCCUUUACUUCCUUAUGCCAGUGGUUCUCCCUUGGGAACUGGCCUCAGAUCAUCUUGUCUAGCCACCUUGUUUUAUAGAUCAGAAGUGAACAAAAGAGGGCAGGUGACUUGCUUGGGGGUACCAUAGCUAGUUAAUGACAGAGCCACGGCUAGAAUUCAGAUCUACUGUUCAGAAGCCCAGUGUUUUUUGCCCUAAAUCACACCACUCAUUUGUCUUUCUCUCCUGACAAAAAGCAAAACACAAAACUAGGAGAAUAGGACUUGGGAGCAGGGGGGAGGGGCAUCUUUCAAUAAUAGCAAUGAGAGCUUAUGUAAAUGUAAAUAUGGAGGUGAUAAUAAAUGUUAAUGCCUAAAAUGACUAGCUUAGCAAGUUUACAGUAGAGUCAAUUACAUUUUAAUAAUUGUUGCCUAAGGCCUUUGAAGUUAAAGGAAGCUCUUAAGCUGAGGAGGACAGAGGCAGAAUACUUCGGAUAACAUUAGAAGAAUAAAUACAAGGUUGGUGGAAAGUGAUUAAAAUUUCCUAGACCAAGGAAAAUGAAGGUGCUAAGAUACAGAGAAAAGAUGGUAUAAUUUGGCUUAAAGGUACCUGCAACUUAAGUGAAUGUAAUACCAUAUAAUUGAGUAUUAGACAUAUUUUCACUAUGUCUCAUGACAAGAAUUCAGAGAAAAGUGAUGGGUUGUGCCAUCAUCAAGAAUAAUAAAACAUCACUCCUACAAGCCACUGACUUGAUUUUGACAUUUGUGACCUGUCUCAGUUAUAAAAGCACUAAAACCGUUGAGGUUCAUUGUUGCUGUUAUAAGGAAGACUGCUUGGUAAGAUUCAAAGAAACAAAUGGAAUGUGAAUUUUACGAAACCAUAAUUAUUUUCACAGGGGAACUACUCAAAAUUCAGAAAUGCAAAAAGAAAAGAAGUCUUUAAAAUUCUUUAAAAACU